UUUUGAUGGUUACUGAACCAUCAUGGCUAUCAACAAAUCAAAAGUAGCUAUUGGAUUUUUAGUGGCAGGAAUACUCACCGUAGUCUUUGGAGCAGUGUUGUUUAUUGUGGGCCCAGCCGUGAUGCAUGACCAAAUCAUUAAGAACACAGUGAUUGACCCAAACAAUGAAAUGACUUACACUAUGUGGAAGGACAUUCCAGUGCCUUUCUUCAUGUCUGUCUACUUUUUCAAUGUCCUAAAUCCUAAAGAAAUAUUAAAAGGAGAAAAACCAAUGCUGGAACAGCGUGGACCAUAUGUGUACAGAAAACGUUGUCAAAAGGACAACAUCACUUUUCACCCAAACAACACCGUGUCAUACAGAGAGUACCGGCAGUACUACUUUGAGCCUGACAUGUCUGUUGGCAAUGAGUCCGACAUUGUCACCAUCCCUAAUAUGCUGGUCCUGGGCUCUGCUGUAAUGUUACAAGAUCUGCCUUACGCUGUGCGUUUAAUGAUCAGUACAACCUUUAAAACUUUCAAAGAAGGCCCUUUUCUAACAAAGACAGUUGAAGAGCUCAUGUGGGGCUAUGACAGCAAACUGGUAGAUUUUCUUAACAAAUACUUGCCAGGCAUGUUGCCUUCCUCUGGGAAAUUUGGCCUCUUUGCAGAGUUUAACAACUCCAACACUGGCCUCUUCACAAUUUUUACUGGAAAAGAUAACAUCAAAAAUGUCCACAGAGUUGACUCCUGGAAUGGCCUGACAGAGCUAAACUACUGGCACACACCUCAGUGCAACAUGAUUAAUGGCACAGCGGGCCAGAUGUGGCCUCCAUUCAUGACCAAAGAAACCACAUUGCCUUUCUAUAGCCCUGAUGCCUGCAGAUCAAUGGAACUUGUUUACCAGCGCCCGGGUCACAUGAAGGGGAUCCCUUAUUAUAGAUAUGUUGCACCACCGACUCUUUUCGCUAAUGGAACAGACUAUGAACCCAAUGAAGGAUUUUGUCCAUGCAGACAAUCUGGUCUGCUCAACGUCAGCAGCUGUCGCCACAAUUCUCCAACGUUCAUCUCCCACCCUCACUUCUUUAAUGCAGACCCCGUGCUGCUGGACUUUGUGCAGGGGCUGUCUCCCACUGAGGAGGAGCAUGGUCUCUUCAUUGACAUUCACCCGCAAACAGGAGUACCUCUAAAUGUGUCCAUUCGCCUCCAGCUGAAUCUUUACAUGAAGACAGUACCAGGAAUUACAGAAACGGGCAAGAUUUCAGAGGUGGUGAUGCCACUGCUUUGGUUUGGGGAGAGCGGUUAUAUUGAUGGCCCCAUCCUGAACACAUUUCACACAAACCUGGUGAUUUUGCCCGCUGUUAUGGAGUAGCAGUAUGGCUUCAUCGCUGUUGGUCUUGCAACUAUAGUGAUUUCCAUCCUGGUGCUGAGGAGACAAAAGGCAACACAAAAUGAGUCAAUAAAGAGCUCACACGAGGUGGAGAAAAAUAAACUUAAAAACUCAGAAAAGUAAACUCAGUGCUGCUGCUGCCUCAGAUAGAAAUCCAAGCAUUUCAACAGAUGAGAAAAUGUCUCUACUUCAAGAUAAGGACUAGGACACAAUGCCGGUGCUAUGUACCUGCAGCGAAACUUAAAAUGUAAUGGACCGAUAUUCAGGACUGCCACUUUGACCUCCAGAGUUUUACAUUUCAGUUGAAGGUUGACGAAACUCUUAAGCCAAUGACUACAUAUUUUUUUAUAGUGUAUGUUGUGAGGAGAGAGUCUACAUCCUCUCUGAACUAUACAAGCGGGUUCAUAAAUGCUGUGUAUUUAUUGUUAAACUGGUAUCACUGUGAACAAUAUACCACUUCUUUAGGAGAAGCAAUUAACUUUUGUUGGAUUUACAUGCAUAUGAAUAUUAAUGUUUCUCUAUCAACAACAAGGGAACUUGUAUUUUAUUGCCAAUGUGCCUUGAAAAUAUCUCGUCAUGAACAUGUCUAACUACCUUCAGCUUGUUGUUUUGUGUUUUAAGAAGACUGUCAUUAGGAUACUGAACUUCAAAAUGUGUAAACUGUUUGCUUCUGUAAAACUGUAAAUAUAUUUGACAUUGACUAUAAAGUGCCUUAUUGUUCAAGUAAAUUUAUGACUAUGUAUGUACUACUGUACAUUCAGUGCACAGAUAAAAAUACAUCAUAAAAAUCUA